GCACCUCGGACAGCAGCAGCGGCGGCCGCGGGAGGGUCCGUGUGGCGGCCGGCGGCGACGGCGGCGGGGUCCUGCGUGAGACUGGGACCCGACACCGAGACCGCGGGCGGGGACUCCGCGCGGCCACCCGGCACUCAGCGGCCCGACCCGGGGAUCCUCCGGGGGACAAGCGGCAGAAGAGCGACUCGGGAACAAGUGUGCGAGAGGAAGCGGCGGUGGCGACGCCGGGCCCGGGAGUGGUGACAGCAGGUCUGAGGGACAUCGUAAAUGCAAAAGACAAGUUUUAAAAGAGGACAAGAGUUUGCUGCUAAGAUGAAUCUGAACAAUACAGUAUAUUUUGUGCCAUUCACAAAAAGGUACUAAAAACUUAUCCCCCAAAAUUUUGUAAAUGAGAGAGAAGGCUGACUGGGAUAUCAAAAGCAAAACGUUUGCAAAUAUUGGUCAUCAUGCGUAAAGGGGUGCCAAAGGACCCGGAGAUUGCUGAUCUCUUCUACAAAGAUGAUCCUGAAGAACUCUUUAUUGACUUGCAUGAAAUUGGACAUGGAAGUUUUGGAGCAGUUUAUUUUGCCACAAAUGCUCACACCAAUGAGGUGGUGGCAGUUAAGAAAAUGUCCUAUAGUGGGAAGCAGACACAUGAGAAAUGGCAAGAUAUUCUUAAGGAAGUCAAAUUUUUACGACAAUUAAAGCAUCCUAAUACCAUUGAGUAUAAAGGUUGUUACUUGAAAGAGCACACUGCUUGGUUGGUGAUGGAAUAUUGCUUAGGCUCAGCUUCUGAUUUGUUAGAAGUUCAUAAGAAACCACUUCAAGAAGUGGAAAUCGCUGCCAUUACUCAUGGUGCCUUGCAGGGGCUGGCCUACUUGCAUUCCCAUGCACUGAUUCAUAGGGAUAUUAAAGCAGGAAAUAUUCUUCUAACAGAGCCAGGUCAGGUGAAACUAGCUGAUUUUGGAUCUGCCUCAAUGGCUUCUCCUGCCAACUCCUUUGUGGGUACACCUUACUGGAUGGCUCCAGAGGUGAUCUUAGCCAUGGACGAAGGCCAGUAUGAUGGGAAAGUUGAUAUUUGGUCACUUGGAAUCACCUGUAUUGAAUUGGCGGAACGGAAGCCCCCCCUUUUCAACAUGAAUGCCAUGAGUGCCUUAUACCACAUUGCCCAGAAUGACUCUCCUAUGCUACAAUCUAAUGAAUGGACGGACUCCUUUAGGAGAUUUGUUGAUUACUGCUUGCAGAAAAUACCUCAGGAAAGGCCAACGUCAGCGGAACUAUUACGGCAUGAUUUUGUUCGACGAGACCGGCCACUACGUGUCCUGAUUGACCUCAUACAGAGGACAAAAGAUGCCGUUCGUGAAUUAGAUAACCUACAGUACCGAAAAAUGAAAAAAAUCCUCUUCCAAGAGACAAGAAAUGGACCCUUGAAUGAGUCACAAGAGGAUGAAGAAGACAGUGAACAUGGAACCAGCCUGAUCAGGGAAAUGGACAGCCUGGGCAGCAACCACUCCAUCCCAAGUAUGUCCGUGAGUACAGGCAGCCAGAGCAGCAGUGUGAACAGCAUGCAGGAGGUCAUGGAGGAGAGCAGCUCCGAACCUAUCUUGAUGCACGACGAUGAAAGCACAGGAAGUUACAUUUCCUCUGUUGUGCCCAAGAAGGAUCAUGUAUUCAUAAGGGAUGAGGCGGGCCACGGCGAUCCCAGGCCUGAGCCGCGGCCUACCCAGUCAGUUCAGAGCCAGGCCCUCCACUACCGGAACAGAGAGCGCUUUGCCACGAUCAAAUCAGCAUCUUUGGUUACACGCCAGAUCCAUGAGCAUGAGCAGGAGAACGAGUUGCGGGAACAGAUGUCAGGUUAUAAGCGGAUGCGGCGCCAGCACCAGAAGCAGCUGAUCGCCCUGGAGAACAAGCUGAAGGCUGAGAUGGACGAGCACCGCCUCAAGCUACAGAAGGAGGUGGAGACGCAUGCCAACAACUCGUCCAUCGAGCUGGAGAAGCUGGCCAAGAAGCAAGUGGCUAUCAUAGAGAAAGAGGCAAAGGUAGCUGCAGCAGAUGAAAAGAAGUUCCAGCAACAGAUCUUGGCCCAGCAGAAGAAAGAUUUGACAACUUUCUUGGAAAGUCAGAAGAAGCAGUAUAAGAUUUGUAAGGAAAAAAUAAAAGAGGAAAUGAACGAGGACCAUAGCACACCCAAGAAAGAAAAGCAAGAGCGGAUAUCCAAGCAUAAAGAGAACUUGCAGCACACACAGGCUGAAGAGGAAGCCCACCUUCUCACCCAGCAGAGACUGUACUACGACAAAAACUGUCGUUUCUUCAAGCGGAAAAUAAUGAUCAAGCGGCAUGAGGUGGAGCAGCAGAACAUUCGGGAGGAACUAAAUAAAAAGCGGACCCAGAAGGAGAUGGAGCAUGCCAUGCUAAUCCGACACGACGAGUCCACUCGAGAGCUGGAGUACAGGCAGCUGCACACGUUACAGAAGCUACGCAUGGAUCUGAUCCGUCUACAGCACCAGACUGAACUGGAAAACCAGCUGGAGUACAAUAAGAGGCGAGAAAGGGAACUGCACAGAAAGCAUGUCAUGGAACUUCGGCAACAGCCAAAAAACUUAAAGGCCAUGGAAAUGCAAAUUAAAAAACAGUUUCAGGACACUUGCAAAGUACAGACCAAACAGUAUAAAGCACUCAAGAAUCACCAGUUGGAAGUUACUCCAAAGAAUGAGCACAAAACAAUCUUAAAGACACUGAAAGAUGAGCAGACAAGAAAACUUGCCAUUUUGGCAGAGCAGUAUGAACAGAGUAUAAAUGAAAUGAUGGCCUCUCAAGCGUUGCGGCUCGAUGAGGCGCAAGAAGCAGAGUGCCAGGCCUUGAGGCUACAGCUGCAGCAGGAGAUGGAGCUGCUCAAUGCCUACCAGAGCAAGAUCAAGAUGCAGACAGAGGCGCAGCACGAGCGCGAGCUCCAGAAGCUGGAGCAGAGGGUGUCUCUGCGCAGGGCACAUCUUGAGCAGAAGAUUGAAGAAGAGCUGGCUGCCCUUCAGAAGGAACGCAGUGAGAGAAUAAAGUACCUAUUGGAAAGGCAAGAGCGAGAGAUUGAAACUUUUGACAUGGAGAGCCUCAGAAUGGGAUUUGGGAAUUUGGUUACAUUAGAUUUUCCUAAGGAGGACUAUAGAUGAGAUUAAAUUUUUUUGCCAUUUACAAAAAAAAAAAGUAAAAAAAGAAAAAAAAAGAAAACAGAAAAAAAUUCAGACCCUGCAAAACCACAUUCCCCAUUUUAACGGGCGUUACGCCCACUCUCUCUCUCUCUUACUCUUACUGACAUCGUGUCGGACUAGUGCCUGUUUAUUCUUACUCCAUCAGGGGCCCCUUCCUCCCCCCGUGUCAACUUUCAGUGCUGGCCACAACCUGGCCAUCUCUUCUUCUAUUCAUAGUACACGUCACAGUAUUGAUGUGAUUCAAAAUGUUGCAGUGAAAACUUUGGAGACAGUUUUAACAAAACAAUAAACCACCACCAACAACGACAACAAAAAAUAAAAAGUGGAUGUAUAUUGCUUUAAGCAAUCACUCGUUACCACCAAUCUGUGAAAGUAAAGCAAAAAAAAAAAAAAUAAUAAUAAUAAUAAUAAUAAAUGCCAAGGGGGAGAGAGACACAAUAUCCGCAGCCUUACACCUUAACUAGCUGCUGCAUUAUUUUAUUUUAUUUUAUUUUUUUGGUAUUUAUUCAUCAGGAAUAAAAAAAAAACAAAGUUUUAUUAAAGAUUGAAAAUUUGAUACAUUUUACAGAAACUAAUUGUGAUGUACAUAUCAGUGGUGACAUAUUAUUACUUUUUUGGGGACGGGGGGGGUGGGCGGGGUGAAGAGAUCUUGUGAUUUUUAAGAACCUGCUGGCAAGAGUUUAACUUGUCUUCAGCAUAUUCUGAUUGUAUCAUAAUCAUUUUCUGCUGUUGCAGAGGAUGUGAAUACACUUAAGGAGCUCACAGAAUCCCAGUAGCACAAAUUGGGCUUUGGCAAAUCGUGUAUUUUGUGUAUAGAAGGAAUUUAAGGAGAGGUAUUACUUAUUUUCAUAUUGUAUUUUAACUGUUUCUCUGAUCAAAUUUUUUUACUUCCUCCUCCGAUUCCUCCCCACCUCCCUCCUUUUCCAAUUCAGUAUUUGGAGUUCAACACUGUCUCUCAAUCAGAUCAUCUUGAUCUUUUUCUUUAUUUCCCUUCCCCUCCCCGAGUCCCAUAUCUUGGUCAUAAAUACUGCAUUAUUCACACUUUCAAACUGUGUAUUUUCUUACAAUAAAAAAUGAUGAAAAAAAAAAGGCUUUACUUCUUUUGCAUGCACUUUAAAAAAAACAAAACGAAACGAAACAUUUUUCAGGUUCCAAGGAAGAGCAUGAAUACUGUCAGAGCUUUUAAUUAUAUUUGUAAAUAAAAGUGUUCAUCACA